CUUGGCCCGGUGGUCCGACGUCGAAAUCGACUGCAAAGCUGAGGGCUGAACUCAAGGUGUAACUUCGAAACGCAACGGUAAGGCUUGGCCUGGGGAUCGUCGAGCGCUUUGCCUGUCACACACUAGCGGUCAGCUGACGGCUCUUUCGCUAGCAGCGCGCUCGCCGGAUCCAAGGUUCCGGUCUGUGUAUACACCGUAUCAACCGUAUAGAGCGAAGCGCACCAAUGAUCCUGGCGUUUCUAGACCAGGGGAAACAUUCGCGAUAUAUGUAGAAGGGCGACCGCGUGAUGACUUCGUCCGUCACUCACCAUCCACCUCCCAGACAUCAACACGCAGCACCCGCAGGUUGGCAACGUUGAACCAAAGGGCGACCCCACCACCGCUUACCUCGACGAUGGCCGCCAAAUUCGAAAACAUCAACACCUCCGUGGUGCCUCCUACGCAGGAAUCUACGAUGAUGGACAGCAAAACUAUGGCGCAAUUGACGCACACGCUGCAGACUGUGGCCAUAGCAACCCUCUUUUUCGCAGUUUGUGCAUACAUCCCUAAGCUCAAGCGAAAGGCCCAGCUGGGAAGCCUGCCGGUCCUCGGCGGAGAGAGCGGAGAGAAACACCGACAGGCAUACCUCACUUCCGCCAAGAAGAUGUAUGAAGACGGUUACGCCAAAUUCAAAGACUCGGUAUACAGAAUUGUAGGAGAGCAGGGCGAAGACAACAUUGUCAUACCCUCAAGUCUGCUCCCAGAGCUGCGAAAACUCCCUGAUGAUGUUCUCAGCUUCCCUGCCGCCGUCAAGACCCUCAUGGAAGUCAAAUACACCAAACUGCAGGUUGAGGGGCAGACCGGUCUUCAUGCGGUCAAGCAGGACCUCACGCCAGCACUCCCUCGAUUAAACCCAACAAUCGCCACAGAAGUCGACAGCGCACUACGAGAGGCUAUGCCCCCAUGCGAAGAAUGGACUGACGUUUACAUUUUCAAAGAGCUUGUCGAUGUCAUUGCAAAAGUCUCCGGUCGCAUCUUUGUCGGACCAGAACUAUGUCGCAACCCAGAAUACAUCAAACUCGGAACAAACUAUACAAUGGAUCUCGUGGCAGGAGUCACAGCUUGCAAGAAGGUCCGCCCAUGGCUGAAGCCGUUCCUGUGUCCCCGCCUCCCAGAGAUUGUCAAGCUUCGCAAGAUCGAGCAACAACUAAGCGAGUUUCUGCGUCCGAUCGUAGAGGAGAGGAUGACCGCCAAAUCAAAAGACCCGAAUUGGCAAGAGCCAGACGACAUGCUGCAGUGGAUGAUCACGAGGGGUCAAGGUAAAGACUCGAUCGACGACAUUACCAGGUUCCAACUCAGUCUCAUCUUUGCCGCCAUCCACACUACGAGUAUGACCGUCACCAGCAUCAUGCACACACUCGCCGUCACACCAGAGUACAUUGAUCCUCUUCGCGAGGAGAUCCGCAACGUCAUGGCCAACAACGAUGGAGUCAUCACUUCCCGCGCUCUGCAACAAAUGGAGAAAGUCGAUAGCUACAUGAAGGAAGUUAUUCGCUUCUACCCAACAGGCUACACGGCCUUUAACCGCCGCGUCCUCAAAGGCAUCACCCUCAGCAACGGGCAAUACAUACCCCCUGGCGUCACCAUCGAAGUCCCCUCCGCAGCCGUCUACCUCGACGAAAAGAACUACCCCUCGGCCGAAGAAUUCGACGGUUUCCGCGCCUACAAGGCACGCGCCAGCGGUAAAGCAGCAGAUAUCGCGCGCAACCAGUUCGUCACCACCAAUGAGACCAACCUCAACUUCGGCUACGGAGCCCAUGCGUGCCCCGGUCGCUUCUUCGCUGCCAAUGAGAUCAAGAUGAUUUUGGUUAGGCUGAUUCUCGAGUAUGAUGUUAAGAUGCCGAAUGAUGAGACGGAAAGGUAUCCGAUGGUUGAUGUGGGGACGCAGAGUAUGCCUGAUCCAACGAAGGCGUUGAAGUUUAAGAAGGUGCAGAUUUGAGCGCGUGGGAUGG